CAUGAUAAUCAAAUGUUUAGACUGGUUUUAAAUAAUGAAGGGGAAGCGUGUAGAAAUAAUUGGAAAUUAACUCAGAAUUUGCAGGCAUAUGCUCAAAUUCAACGUAGAGAUGGUCAAAUUACUGAACAUAGGAGAACUCUUAGAAUUAGCAUAGACAUUAUAGAGAUAAAAGCAGGGAACACCAGAAAUAGCGUGAUAUUACUCAAAGAUUAG